AUGCAGUGCUACACGGAGUUGACGCCUCCCACGGCUGUCACGCACUCCAUUGUGCUGCCAUUCCUCUCGGCGCAAAGCAACAACCUGGUCAUCGCCAGAGGCUCCCUCCUCCAGGUCUUCACCACCAAGUCUGUUUCCGCCGAGCUCGACCACGCCCACAAUGCCGCCUACGCGCAGUCUACCAAGUCGCCUGGCCACUAUGACAGCCGGAUCAACGACGACGAUGGCCUCGAGACUUCGUUCCUCGGCGCCGAUUCCAUGCUGGUGCGCUCCGAUCGCUCAAACUAUACGAAGCUCGUCCUCGAGGCCGAAUACCCCCUGUCUGGCACAGUGACCGGCCUCGCCCGCGUCAAGCUCCAGUCGUCGCGGUCCGGCGGCGAGGCUCUGCUGGUGGCCUUCCGAGACGCCAAGCUGAGCACAGUCGAGUGGGAUCCCGAGAAACACGCCGUCUGCAACACAUCCGUCCACUACUACGAGCAGGACGAGCUACAGAAAGUCCCCUGGGCCGCCCCGUUGGGCGACUACAUCAACUUCCUGGCAGCCGACCCUGGCAGCAGGUGCGCUGCCCUGAAAUUCGGUGCGCGCAACCUCGCCAUCUUGCAGUUCAGUCAGGCCGAGGAAGAAGACAUAGAGAUGGAUGACUGGGAUGAAGAAUUGGAUGGGCCCCGGCCGGCCAAAGAGCUGGCGACGACGCUUGUAAAUGGAACUAGCAGCAAUGAAGAGACACCCAAUUCAUCCUCAUUUGUCCUGCGCCUAUCCAAUCUUGAUCCUAGUCUGAUCCAUCCUGUGCACCUCGCCUUCCUCCACGAGUACAGAGAGCCCACGUUCGGUAUCCUCUCCUCCACCAUGGCCCCUUCUGCGCCUCUUGGCCGCAAGGAUCACCUGUCCUACAUGGUCUUCACCCUGGACCUCAAGCAGAAGGCCUCGACCACCAUCCUUUCAGUCAACGGACUCCCUCAGGACCUCUUCCGCGUCAUGGCCAUGCCCGCGCCUGUCGGCGGCGCUUUGUUGGUUGGUACGAAUGAGCUGAUCCACAUUGAUCAAUCUGGAAAGUCUCACGGCGUCGGUGUAAACCCGUUUGCCAGGCAGACCACUUCCUUCGGGCUUGUGGACCAGUCUGAGCUAGACCUGAGACUGGAAGGCUGCGAGAUCGAAGUGCUUUCGGCAGAGAAUGGAGAACUGCUGAUGGUCUUGAACGAUGGCCGCCUUUGCCAUGUGAACUUCCGCAUCGAUGGACGUACGGUGGCUGGACUGAGCGUCCGCCCUGUUGCCGCCGAGGCGGGAGGCUCUAUCGUCCUCGGAUCAGCAUCGACCUUGGCAAAAUUAGGUAAGGCGUCACUCUUCGCUGGUAGCGAAGAUGGCGACUCGCUUGUUAUCGGUUGGACACGAAAGCAAGCUCAAAGUACGAAACGGAAAGGUCGCCUUCAUGAUGCUUCAUUGGACUUGGAUAUGGAUGAAGAGGAUCUUGAGGAUAUGGAUGACGAUGACGAUCUGUACGCCGAUGAAACGGCCCCUACGAAGCAGGAGUCCACUGCACCCAGCAAUUCUAACAGCAAGAGUGGCGAGCUAGUCUUCAAGGUCCAUGAUAGACUGGUCAGUACGGCCCCGAUCCAAAGCUUCACCCUAGGCCCGGGUCGCGUACCAACCGAAGAAGAGGACGAGACAGAUUACAAGGAGGUGUCCAGUGACCUCAGCCUUGUAUGUGCUGUUGGAAAAGGCAAUGCCGGCUCCAUCGCCAUCAUCAAUCGCGAAGUCCAGCCAGCUGUUAUCGGCCAGUUCGAGUUUCUAGAGGCGAGGGGUUUCUGGACUAUAUCGGCCCAGAAACCUGUACCAAAAUCCCUUCAAGCCGAUAAGGGCGCUACCUCUAUGGGGGCCGAACUCGACGCUUCAACGCAUUACGAUAUGUUCAUGAUCGUAUCCAAGGUCGAUCUCGACGGCUACGAGACGUCCGAUGUGUAUGCAUUGACGGGAGCUGGGUUUGAGGCGCUCACGGGCACGGAGUUCGACCCCGCUGCUGGCAUCACGAUAGACGCCGGGACUAUGGGAGGCUCCAAGAGAAUUGUCCAAGUCCUGAAGGCCGAGGUUCGCUGUUAUGAUGGCGAUUUUGGUCUCAGCCAGAUUUUGCCUAUGCUCGACGAGGAAACGGGCUUAGAACCUAGAGUUGUCAAUGCCAGCAUAGCCGACCCUUUCUUGUUGCUGGUAAGAGAUGACUCGAGUGUUUGUGUGAUGAAAAUCGACAAAACACUAGAGCUGGAGGAGCUCGAGAAAGAGGAUGAUACUCUUCUUUCCACCAAGUGGCUCACAGGUUGUCUGUACGAGGAUACGACGGGGAUCUUUGCCAACGUACAGACGGACAAAGGUGCAAAGCCUGGCGAGAACAUCAUGAUGUUCCUCCUGAGUGCAAACGGCGCUUUACAUGUCUACUCGUUACCGGACUUAUCCAAGCCAGUCUGUGUUGUUGAAGGCUUACCCUACGUCCCUCCGAUUCUCUCUGCUGGCUACUCUGCACGACGAGGAAGCGCCAAGGAAACCGUCGUGGAAAUCCUUGUGGCCAAUCUUGGAGACAGCACAAUGUCGUCUCCUCAUCUGAUUGUCCGGCAUUCAAACGACGAUUUAACUAUAUACACGCCUUUCCGAGUAGCAUCCGAAGAGUCUACAGAGUUAUCGAAGUCGCUGCAUUUCCAGAAGAUCUCUAACGACCGGCUGGCAAAGAGUCCAGCAGCGGUUGCUGAGGAUGAAGCUGAGCAACAGCCGAGAAUGAUGCCACUCAGACGAUGCCAGAACGUUGGUGGUUACGAGACCGUUUUUGCGCCUGGUGCUUCGCCAAGCUUCAUCAUCAAGUCAUCCAAGGCAAUGCCUAAAGUUAUUGGGCUGCAAGGCACUGGCGUCCGUAGCAUGAGUCCUUUCCACACCGAAGGCUGCGAGCGCGGGUUCAUAUACGCUGACUCGAACGGUAACGCUCGGGUGUGUCAAGUGCCAGUGGGUGACACAACCUAUGCCGAGAUUGGUAUGUCGCUGAGGAAACUACCGCUUCACAUUGAUGUCCAUUCGGUCACCUAUCACUCGCCAUCGAUGACCUAUGUUGUAGGGAGCGAUGCCGCCGAACCGUUUGAGCUCCCUAAGGAGGAUGACUAUCACAAGGAGUGGCAAAUUGAGAAGGAUCUUACCUUCAAGCCGAUGGUUGAGCGGGGCGCUCUGAACCUCAUAAAUCCAGUCAACUGGACCAUCAUCGACACAGUUGAGAUGGAACCGUGCGAGACGAUUAUGUGUAUCGAGACCAUCAACCUCGAAGUUUCGGAGUCUACAAACGAGCGUAAACAGCUCAUUGUGGUAGGAACAGCUAUCGCCAGAGGUGAAGAUCUGCCCAUAAAGGGCCGGGUGAUAGUCUACGACGUCGUGUCAGUCAUCCCCAAGCCUGACCGCCCAGAGACCAACAAGCGCCUCAAGCUUGUAGCCAAGGAAGAUAUUCCCCGAGGCGCCGUCACAGCGUUGUCUGAGAUAGGAACUCAAGGCUUGAUGCUCGUUGCACAGGGACAAAAGUGCAUGGUGCGUGGCCUCAAGGAAGACGGUAGUUUGCUUCCUGUGGCGUUCAUGGACAUGAGUUGCUACGUCACUGCGGUCCGGGAGCUCAAGGGCACCGGGAUGUGCUUAAUGGCCGACGCAGUCAAGGGUGUCUGGUUCACCGGAUACACCGAGGAGCCCUAUAAGAUGGUCCUGUUCGGCAAGAGCUCGACAGCGUUGGAGGUUCUCACUACAGAGUUCUUGCCACACGGAAACGAGCUAUCAAUCGUGGCAUGUGAUUCAGAUGGCGGCAUUCACAUAUUGCAGUUUGAUCCUGAGCAUCCCAAAUCGCUCGGUGGUCACCUUCUCUUACAUCGCACAACCUUCUCUGCUGGCGCCAAUGUGCCCAGCCGCAGUCUUCUAUUGCCGCGAACUCUACCUCUGGGUCACGAGUUCUUGUCCGGUGGUGACGACAUGAAUGGCAACGGCAUGAACGGACAUACCGCAGUAUCGCAACCACAGCUGGUUCUUCUCGCCUCACACACAGGAAUGCUAUCCACAUUGGCGCCCCUCUCCGAACAAGAGUACCGACGCCUCUCGUCUCUCGCCUCCCAGCUCGCGACCUCGCUCCCGCAAUUCGGUGGCCUGAACCCCAAGGCCUACCGGGCGCCAACCUCCACCGGCGCUGUGGGCCGCAACCCCCCUGCCGUCGAUGCGGGCGUAGGAAGGAGCAUCGUGGACGGUGCAAUGCUGGCGCGGUGGAACGAGCUCGGAGCCGGGCGAAGAGCCGAGAUCGCCGGCCGAGUCGGGUUUGCGGGAGUCGAGGAAGUGAGAGCCACACUCGAGGGACUGUUGGGUGCCAGCGGACUGGCGUAUCUGUGA